AUGUCUCAGCAUCCCAUCAUUUCGCAGCAACGGUAUCCCAGCACGCCACGAGAUCCCACAUCGGCUCUCCAGUCCGACGAUUCAGCGCAGGAUGACACCAAGUUCUACCAGAGUGUAAUCAUCGAUGCGAACCCUGGAAGGCGAAAAGCGUGCGACAGGUCUGGCAUGCUGCCUUGCCGUCCCGUUGCCAAUGCCGUGGCCAAUUUCGCCUGUGGUCGCAUCUUCUCGCCCUAUGACGACGAUGCCGCAGCAAAGCCGGACCCCCUCCUUCGACCCGCCGCCUGUCGACAGCUCAAGCUGCAGCGCCGCUUCUCAUUAGACGGUGUCGCGACGUGUAAAAAGAAGCGUCCUGCAGCGCCGCAGUGCGUGGUACCGCCAGCAGCAUCUGCCCGCCGUGUGUUUCGAUUCGUCCUCGCACGCAAGCAUAGUAUAGAUCCAGCGGCGGCGGCGGUGGCCCUGGAUACCGUCUUUGUCCCGUGGAACUGUGGCACAAGAGGCGGCAUCAAUGGCGCAUGGCUGCUCAUCCUCGCUGGCCUGGCAAACGCGGAUAGUGGCAGUGUUGACGGCUCCCAAGAAUACUCGACAUCUUUCCUUAGCCGGAUGGUCAACGCACGGUCGAAUCGUAGGAACGAUAGGCGUUGUUGUUGGUUAAAUCGAGAAAGGACUAGUGGUGUCGAGCUUUGGGUGUUUGAUGAUAUUAUCGACUAUCUUGAGCUCCCGGGUAUCUUGGGUCGUAUUGGUCUUGAGCUUCUGACAGCUGAUAAGAACUUGAUGCCGUGGGUACAGAUACAGCCGUCGUGUCGCACAUGUAUGAUGCAUGUCGAACUACCUGGCUGGUGGCCGCAAAUUGACGGGAACAAUCCUCGGACGAAGUUGACCUGUUGGAUUGACAAAGUGGGCAAGCUAGGACAAAGAUCAAGGCACGUCAUUAGAAAUCGAUGGAGUCGAAGCAGCCGAGGUGCAAUCAUCAAGGAGAAAAGCAGCCAGCGGAAGCUGCCUCACUUAUUAUCUGCCUCAGCAGGCGCCUUACGACUGCAAGGAAGGAAGAAGGUUAAUCUGAAUCCGUACUCCGUACACCGCCCCCUGAGCGACUUUCCACUAAGGAUGGCUAAGCUUCACAACCUGGCACAAAAGGAAUCCUCCUCCACGAGUCCACAGAAGCCUAAAGCCACCACCGAGACUGGCCUGAAUGAGAAUGCAGAAACAAUUAUGGGCUUUAUUACUCCUGCCGCCUGCGUGCCGUGGUGCCCUCCAGCUCUGUCAUCGCGGGAGCGCCGUACUAUGUCCGCGGGAUCCAGCAUCGGAUGUCGAGUUGCCUUGCACUUUGUAUCCGUACAGAGCUCACGGGUCCCCUGCCUGCCGCACGCUUGCUCGGUGAGGUGGAGAGCUGGCGGUAAGAAAGCAGCACAAGUGGGGAGGUACUUUCCAAAUAUCCCGUUUGGGCGAGCCAGCCCGUCAGAGCGGGAGGAGCGACCCCACGGCACCCUAGCGUCUCUAGCGUCCUUAGCGUGGAAAAAGGCACAGGCAGCAGGCAGUCUUUGGCCUAUGAACUUGGCAUCGCUGCAUGAAGAGCGCAUACUGUGCGGGGAUCCUAAUGGUCUAGAGAGUAAAAACUCUCAGGGAGGUACUUAUCACCUUAUCUGUACCAAAGACCGUGGUCUGAGAGAACUCUCGGCAUUGAGGCUGGAAAGGUUCGAAUCGAGCUUGAGUGAAGCCACUCGCCAAGUGCGGCUCGCCGCACAUGAUUACACUUUCAUCAUCACAACAAGCUGCCCGGCUCAGUCAAUCUAUCUGAAGGGCCUCGCAGAGUAUGAGACUUCCUUGGCUCAAGUUACUAUAACCGAAACCAACGAACGCUACUGUACUCGGCUGGCUAACUCCGUAGUUCGAUGUCGAUUGGUCAUCAUCAACACGACGAAAGGAAAGAAAAAAGAGAGCAAAAAAGACAGACUCACCUAUACAUCCCGGCCGUACACAGUGCUCGCGAUUGACCGCUUACUCGGUAAUUUCUUCCUUCUCAUUUCCCGCGGGGCGAUUCAGUACAAGCGCAGAAAAUUCCCAAGGCAACCAGACCUUGUCCGUGUAUCCGUGCCACCCCUGCGAGCUCUCAUGGGCCCACUCUGGCUUCUGGCACACUGGAACCAUCUCGACCCUUGCUCUGUUUCUUGCUUCUUUCUCGUUUCUCUUUCAUUGCUCUCUGUGACCUGCGGCCUGCCUCGCCUCUUCACCACCUCAAUCUGCUGCAGUUCUCCGGAUCAAGGAGACCCCCAGCUCGUCGUCUCGCCAAUCCAGAGGCUUCCACUACCCCCAUUGUGCAGUCCAAUGCUCCAGUUCAACGAUUUUGCAAGCUGCACGUCUUCCCUCCUCAUCUUGCAGGCGGCGAGCACCUCCUUUAUACCUCCCUUUCAUAGUAUGCCUCAGCAGAUGGUGCAAAUAGUUGUCCGUGACGGUAGAACUCCAGCGUUGUAUCGGAGCCGUCUUCAUACGCGGGUCCUGUUGGUUGUUUUGGCUGUGGCGCUGGGCCGACACAAGUACUCUGUACAAAUGACCCUUUUCCCUCCCCACGUCCCAUCUGGAACCAGUCUGGUCUGGUCCAACGCAAACAAGCUCCAAGGCCUGCCUUACAAUAUUACCUGUACCGCACCUUACCUUAGCUUAGCAGACCCGACCCGACCUUACUGUACCCGUGUCCACCUACCUACUACCUCCUGGCUCCUGCUCUUCCUUCAUGCCCAGGUCCCUAUCCAAGAAAUCAUCCACUCUCACUACCUUGCACUUCUUCCCUCCUUCUCUCUUCCUCAGUCUGUCCCCUCUCUCCCUUUUUCACUUCUUCUCUCCCCCCUCCCCCCCUUCCUCCUGACUGUCACCUGCUUUCUUCCUCACCCACACUCAACCCUCUCCAAGAGACAGAGGCUCCAAUUCUACGCGUGCCCUUCGCAAUUUCGGCCCAGAGGUUUCCUGAUUCUCCUCCUCCGCCCUACUUCCCUCUCCAUUCCUCUCUCCCUCUCCCACUUGCUGUCUACAGUCGCUGGUCUCGCUCUCCCUCGAGCAAAUUCCACCCCCCAGUCAGGCUUCGCACAUUUCUCCAAGCCUCUUAUCGGCUGCUUGCCUCGACAGACAGACAACCUCGCCUUCCGUCGUCGACCUUCCUGA